UUUCUUUGGUAUCUUGUGCUUAAGAGACAUACCAAGGUUGAGAUUAGUUUCCAUUUUCUUUGUGCUAUCUUCUGGAUAAUAAUAUAUUAAACAUUUGAAGAGAUGGAGAAUGAAGAUGGGUAUAUAAUGCUGAAUUUCAAGAAUGGUUGUAAAUCCAAGCAGAAAUCUAAAGAUUUCUCCCUGUAUCCACAAUGUUACUGUCUUCUGCUCAUAUUUGGAUGCGUUGGGAUCCUUAUUUUCAUUGUGACAGUGACUGACCUGUUCUGGCAUAAAAAAAUGGAUUUCUCUCCGAAUGUAAAUAUCAGCAGUCUAUCAGGACAUAAUUAUUUGUGCCCAAAUGACUGGCUGUUGAACCAAGGGAAAUGUUAUUGUUUUUCAACUUCUUUUAAAACGUGGAAAGAGAGUCAACAUGAUUGUACACAGCUACAGGCACAUUUACUGGUGAUUCAAAAUUUGGAUGAGCUGAAGUUCAUACAGAACAGUUUAAAACCUGGGCAUUUUGGUUGGAUUGGAUUACAUGUUACAUCCCAAGGAAAUCUAUGGAUGUGGAUAGAUGAACGCUUUUUAGUUCCACAAUUGUUUUCGGUGAUUGGACCAACUGAUAACAGGAGCUGUGCCGUUAUCACAGGAAAGCAGGUGUAUUCUGAAGACUGUAGCUCCACGUUUAAUGGCAUUUGCCAGAGAGAUGCGAUCUUGACGCACAAUAGACCCAGUAGUGUGUAAAUGUACAACAAAAUGUAGAAAUACCUUACAUGUUAAAGCACAGCCUGAUUUUAAAGACUUGAGUUUUUUAGGUAAAGUUUCUAAAAGAAAGUUUCUGCUAACAGACACCAUCCAAAAAGGAGAAAAGUAGUUUGUCCUAAAUUGACUAUAAAGACAACUUCUGAACAGAACUUUUACUC